AUGCAGUUAUCUGAAGUCGAUGUCUUCAAAUCAGCUGAAAAAUCGCCAAAGGUCAUUUCCAGGAACGAAAGCUAUAAGACGCUUUAUAAAGUGUGGAGCGGGUAUACAAAAUUCAUCAGAAGCAACAUAAACAAAGGAUUAAAUGUAAGUUGUGAAUUUGGUCGCUUUAUUUCCUCAGAGUCAUUAGGAGUCAUGUACCUUCCUUCGCCUAAAUUUAUCACUUCAGGGAACUUCACAUACAAGAACUUAGACUUGUUUUCCAAUGAAAGCAAAGAUAAACGAUUGGACCAACACAUAAGUUAUUCUGCAAUUGCAUAUGUAUGUGAUCUCAAUAGAGAUCAAGCCCAAAAGUGCAUGCAAGAAAUAGUGUCACAUAUAUUAGAGCUCGUUAGGCAAGGCAACUCAAUCAAACUUAAUUUUAAAAUUGGACUUAUGACACUGAGAGAUGGGCUGCUUGAUUGAAAACCUAUCAUUGAAAGAAAAAAUAAAGCAAAUUAUUCGCUAGAUAGCACAACCAGCAGAGAAAGCUCAGUUUUAACACCAAGAAGCAGCCGCUGCACUAAUAUUAGGCUUGGUUCUCUGUCAGUGCAUGCUUCAAACCCUAAUCCUAUUUAUCAAGGCCCUUCAAAGAAUUUAAAUAAUUAUUAUAGAGGCUUAAGUUAUAAACCUCAAAAUACAGUUCCUUUGCCAUGCGCAUUUUACACAGGAAAAAUCCAUCCUUUAUUCGAUUUUCGAACAAAAUACACAAGGAGACAGGCUUGCGAUCUAGCAAUUUCUCCUCAAGAUUUACUAGAUAUCCAUAGAGAACAAAUUAGAGAAAAGGCUAAAAAAUUAAAGGAAACCAAAGAAAUAAAAAAACUAGAAGAGGAUGGGUAUAUAAAGACGGUGACUGAUCAAAUGAAAAAGGAUAGAGAAGACAAAGAGUACAGCGACUAUAUAAAAAAAUCACUGUUUAUAGAAGAAAAUAACAGCUUAAUUGAAAGGAAAAAAGAAAGGAAAAAGCAGAUAAAGAAAGAAAGACUUGGUGAAACGUAUGAUUAUUUUCCGUUUACACAUGGAGAUCAAAUAGAAGCACAACAGAAAACACUUAAUUUAGCACUAAGAGAGGAUUUAAGAAAGCAUUCAGAUACGUUAAAUUCUACGUUUGCAGCGUUUUCAUCAAGCCCUCAGUCGCCCAGAGUGAGAAUUGAUAUCCCGAAAUUUAUGAUACCUGAUGAAUAUUCUCCAAGAUUUUUAAAAAAUUAUGAAAAAGAUCUAGCUAUGGAAAAUGCUUUGGAGAGGUAUGAACAAGAAUUGAUUGAAAAAGAAAAAAAUAAUGAAAAAUUGAUGAAAGAGAAGCUGGAACGAGAAAUUAUUGAUAAAAAGUAUCAGGAGGAUGUAGAAAUGAAGCACAGGAAAAAGCUGGAAAAGUAUAGAAAAAAAUUAGAAGAACAAAUUUCUGAAAAAAUAGAAAAAAAGCAGGAAGAAAAAAUAGAGAAAAUGUCACCGGUAAAGACGCAUUUUGGGCCUGAAGAAAGCAAAGAAGAUUUGGAAAAUGAAAUAAAAUUUAAAAUGGAUAGGGAAAGAGAAAAUAAAGAGUUUGUUGCAAAACAAAUGAUAGAAAAGUUGGAAGAAAGAAGGCAGCUCAAGGAAAGAGAUAGAGAAGAGGAUUACAUGAUCAGCAAAAACGUAGAAAAAAUUAUGUGUGAAGAAGAUGAUAAGAAUAAAGAAAAAAUAAAGAAAGGAAAAAAUUUUAAUAAAAAUGUGUGGCUUAAACAAAUCAAAUUGAAGGAGCUUGAAAAGUCUUUAGAUGCUGGAGCUGGAUUUUAA